AUGGCAGCCUCCUUUGAGCAGCAAGGGCCCUCUGUCAGCCGGAGCCCUGUCCUGGCUCCCAGCAUGGGCGUCCAGUUUGGGCUCCGGUUUGCUCAGUUCGUCUUCUCCUUGAUCGCGUUCUCAGUCAUGGCAAGCAGUCGACAUGAGGGCGCCAACUUCAACGACUUCCACGCUUUCUCCUUCCUUGUUGCCGUCACCUUCCUGUCUGGACUUUGGUCCUUCGUUCUGACGGUCACAACGCUGGUGAAGAUCGUCUUUGGGAACAAGGAAUUUACGAGCAAGUUCUACCUGGCCCAGUACUUCCUUGAUGCAUUCUUCACUCUGAUGGUCUGGGGAGCCGCAUGCGCAGGCAAGUCCGACCUGCUUCUGGCAAAGAAGGAGGGACCACAUUUUCGUUCAUUCGCAGCCAUGUAA